AUGAUCACGGCUUCGGACACUAAAGGCUUACAACAACCCAAUGUAUCCGACGGCCAACGAUUCACAUUAUUUCCGGAGCUUCCGACUGAGCUGCGCCUUAAGAUAUGGCGGCUUUCACUCACACCCCGCGUCGUGGAGCUGCAUUCGCGAAGGGCGCACUACGCCAUGUCGGACAAUGCAAAGUGGCACUCGAGCUGCGGCAACCCGGCUGCGCUGUCGGUCUGCUGGGAGUCGCGCGAUGAGGCCUGGUCCUUCUACUCGGUCGCGCUGCCGAUCGGUGACGAUGAUCGGCUGGAGCGGGUGCUGUAUAUAAACCCGGCCUGUGACACCGUCGUUGUCCUCGGGGACCUGGACUACCGCCGGUUGCUUGACUUAUUCGUGACCAUCGCGACGUUGGACCCGACGCGGGUGGGAUUGCGUCGUCUUGGGCUCAGCAUCGCCUGUUGGGCUCAUGGGUUUGCCGGGGCGACCCUGCGUAUAUGGGCGCGAUCGCUGUUCAGUGAGCUCAAGCAAUUCUACAUGGUGAUGUACACAGAGCGAGUUCCACCGGCAAAAUUCCGUUACGGCGAAUGUUUCCUAGAGGAGUGUCAGGGGAUGGAUCCCUUCAUGAGGGCAUCGAUCGGCCGCUCUGGCGAUGGUGGAGGCGGGGACUCGUUAAUGAUUGUGGGAAGGACGGAAAUGCGUGUCAUGAAUUUGUCGUUCAUAUCAGGUCCGGUGAUGUAA